AUGGAUACUGAGCACACUCGCGACUGGUCGAUCCUACUGCCACCUGAGAGACCGACUGGACAAAUUGACCAGGCAUGGGACCUGCCAGAAAUUGCCUGUUUUACGUUGUACCAGUUCCCCUGUUUUCUCAAGCGUCCUUGUGACUAUGGCACCUGGCGCAAUGAAAUCUACAACAUCCUGAAAAUACAUCAAAUUCACCGACUCAUCGACUACAGAAUUUCCCGCCCUUUCAAGGACUCGCCUAAUGCUAGGAGAUGGCAACAGAUGUCGUUGGAGAUCCGCAAGUGGAUAGCGUGGAAUAUGGAUCCAAUCCUUGUACGCAUGAUUGUCAAAGCCCACCCUCAAGCUGAUCUAGCAGAUGAGUUUAUGAUGGGAGCCGACCGUAUUCUUGAACGGUUUACCCGCAGUCCCCCACAAGACUUCGAGGAUAUCACCCACGGUCUGUUCAAUCUCAUUGGGUGCCAGCGACGUGAAUAUUCUAGUGCCCGGUGGUUUGUUCACCGCAUUAUGGAGUAUUACACACACACCUUGAAUAUGAAGAUGGGGAUUCCGCCAUAUGUCCCACUGAUGAUUUUGUUAGCAGAAAUCAAGGAUGAUGUGGGAUCAGCCUUUGUGGAUGUGAGAAUUGAGCGGUUGAAGAGUAUGAACAACCCUGCCCAGGAUGUUACCAGACAGUACUUUGAAGAAAUUUACCUCGAGGUGCUGGAGUACCUUGAUGAAGAUCACGAUAACGAUGUUGACUGA